GUCGUUACCUUAGCUGUUUACUCCUACUUUGUGUCAGCUAUAAUUGGUCGUCAAUUCAUCGUGACUAAUUCAGUUAAUUCUAAACCUUUCCGAAAAGACUACUACAUCCCCCUUUAUACAAUCUUGGAAUUCAUUGUCUACAUGGGGUGGCUUAAAGUUGCAGAAACACUUGUCAAUCCAAUGGGUGAAGAUGACGAGGACUUCGACAUCAAUGCAAUAAUUGACAGCAAUUGGAGUUACGGAAUGCACAUGGUCGAUAAGAGGCACCAACCCACGGAACUCGUGAAGGACAAAUUCUGGAACUCUGCUAAUAUCAGCCUUCCACAUACAUCGGAUUCAAAGAAACUUCAAUCAACACAAAUGAUUGGAUCAGUGUUUAACAUCAAUGUAUGCGAAUCUCAUGAGAAGUCUACAAACGCCGCCAGUAUGGCUAGUAAUCGUAUGUCUACGGAAUCGGAUGACUUGGACGUUCCAUUAGAAGCACUAGGCUCGCGAUUCAAACUCUGCGAAAAUGCGGACCAACAACAUUUCCAAAAUGAUCACACCUCGAUUCCGCAUGGAAGCCAAGCGUCCAUAAUUCAGCCUCAAGUGCCAAUACCUAGCGACGCUGGUCUUCCUGCCGUGGCAGAAGAAGACGAAGACAGCAGUUCACUGAAGAACGAUACUUCUCAACGGGAAAACGAUGAUGUGGAAGUUGAAGUUGACCAAACCCAGACUGAUAUUUCUCAUGUGGAUCAGUCUCAGGCACAGCCACAACAAGAGCCGCAACCAGAGCAACAAACCAAGGAACCAAAUGUUCAACCAAUACCAGUUAUAAAAAUUAAUGAAGUAAAAUAG